AUGUGUCUUUUUAGCCUCGAUUGGGCGAAACUGUUGGCCAAAGUCGUGAAGGUUUCCAAACUCAAUGUCGUAUAUGGAAACUCAAAGCUCGCAUCCGUGUUUCUUAGUUUGAGUGAGCGAAAUUGUUUCGUACUGGCCAAAGCUGUAAAGGCUCGUCAUACUUUCGUCUCGUGCCUUGAAAAAGGAUGUGAUAAGAAAUCAACCGAGAUUGCAUCCGUAGGUUUUCGUUAUCCAAUUGAAUGCAAUAAAUCUAGAGAUCGGUUCGUAAAUCAAUGUCGAUAUUCUUGGGAACAAAAGGGAUCAGAGGCUUUGGAUGAUAAAGGUGAUAUGAGAGGUAACAAUAGGGGUGAGAUAGUUAAAUUUCUUCUUCAUUGGAAAGGAUCAGAGAGAGUUGAAAUAGGGGCUAGGAAUAUGUAA